AUGGAAGAUCCCUCUCUUGAGGAUCAGACCUCUCCACUGGGCAGAAACUUGCAGGACAAUAUGGGCUCCCAGGACGAUAGUGUGGAUCAAAGAGAUAUCAAGGAAGAGGACGAGGAGGAUUUGGGGUCCAGAGAAGGAAUGGGAAUUCCAUCAGGAAGAGACCCUGAGGUGACAGUUGAGAUUGGAGAAACCUACCUAUGUCGGCGAGCAGACAAUACAUGGCGUGAGAUACUCUCUAAUACUCUAUAUGUAUAAAGACAUGUGUCUAGGCCUGAUCUGAGCCACCAAGUGACUCUGUGUUAAAGGCGUGACUUUCCAAAUAAAUCCAAUAGUACAUAACUGCAGAACAUUUGUCGCCAUCUCAUUUCUCAGCAUUUACUAGAUUCCACUUACUGUAGCUGCGAUGUUUAAUAACAUGUUGUAUUUACUGCUCAGUCUAUCAUUUGGUGCAGCUCUCCUGUGUGAUAUUGUUUUUGUUUUGCAUGGGAGACAGCAGGUCCAGAUCACUUUAAAAAAUAAAUAAAAAGCCUGACCCUUCGAUUUAAUUGAGUGCUUUGUUGAACUUUUAAAUGAUAAAUUGGAGAGGGUUUGCUUAAACAGUUUACUGGGGAACCCGGCCAGGGUAUUUCUGUCAUCAUAACCACUACUGUGGGCUGUAGUGAUUAUCGUGCUUGGACUUGCCCUUUAAUUCUGUCCGAUUUUGGGGGGGUAUUCUUAGAGUUUCAGUUCUAUUUCUUCUGGCGUGGUAUCAGGGGAAUUGGAACAACCAAAUAAGCCCGUUCUGGAGUUUGGCUGUUUUGUGAACAACCGAAUCUCCCACUUUAUAUGGAAAUUUGUCCGAUUUCCAGUUCAGUUUGAAAUAACACGAUUUUUUUAAUUUAAAUAGCUGAAUGGGUUAAAACCGCUGAAUUGUGACAACCAAGCAGCAUUCAGUUCCUAUUUGUCAUUUAGUGAAUAUACCCUGUGAUUUUGUGAGCUCCCUUAGAUGAAUCAAAGCUGCAUUAAGAUAAUUGCCCACUGUUCGGAUCUUAUAGUACUAUUCUGUUCACAACGGAUCAGCUGUGGUACAUUUUAAAAUAUUUUGCUCUUUCCUUGGGACAGAUUCUGCGGAGGUGAUCCAGUCACGACUUAAUGAACAAGAAGGACGAGAAGAGUUUUAUGUGCAUUAUGUGGGCUGUAAGUUCAUUUGUAUUAUUUACAGUGUUGUAACCUUUAGAAGGCAGGUUUAUAUCAUAGAACAGUCCAUGUCGGGUUAGUCAGCACUUGUUUUCCUGUUUUGCUGGCUUUCUUUUAAGCUUUUGGGGGGGGCGGAAGGAUGGCGCAGCAUCAGCAUAACCUGUUUGACCUACUCACUGCGAUAUCAGAAGGGAGGGCGUAACCUCACGAAAUCUGUGCCAAGCCAAAUGCUCUGUUUUUACGUGUUAGCUGGGUGUGGAUCAAGAUAAACCCAAAGACUAAAUCAAUGGCAUGGGGAUCAGGGCAUUAAGUCUCCAACUAUCCGUACACCUGUAAUCCAGAAUAACCUGCACAAUUCUGUCCUGUAUUGAUUCAAAUAGAUUGUAUUUAAACGGUUUUCUUCUUUUUCAGUUCUUUGUAAUUUUUUAAAUAAUAAAACAAUGCGUAAAAAAUUCAAUAAAGGGGGCGGGGGGAAUCUUAUACUUCAUCCUUCUAGAGAUGUGCCGAAAUGCUAUAUAUCUCACCCAAUGUUCAAAUGCUGUGGUUCUGUGCAUGAAAAGUGCUUAGAUAAUAUUUCCGAGUGAUCACAGCAAUUUUAGAAUAUUCAAAUACGUGUGUAAACCAUAUUGAUAGAUCCAGUCGAUAUUGACUAGAGAAAACCACAAAACAGAGAGAACCUAGAGUAACUGUGCAAGCUCUCAAUAUUUAAAACUCACAAGGAGAGAGAGGAUGAAGUUCCACUCACGACUAUAAUGCUCAGGAAGGAUCGGUCCCUGGGGAACGUGGGAUCCACACUUCCCAUGAAGAGAGAUUCAUCACCAGCCAAGACCUUUCUUCCGUAUCUUUAUUAAACAAUAAAAACCGUAAAAUGCUGCGGAUAUCCAAAGUGCUGGGUGCUCCUUCAGCUGGAUUUAGUGUCACAAGUCUUGAGUUUCCUUCGUUGGUGCUCCUUGAUGGACACCUAAAUGGGCAGGGUAGCACUAUAUUGUUCGGCAUGCAUUCCCAUAAACAUUGGCAGGUGAAUAUUAAGGUACUGAUACCUAAAUAUGCUGGUGAUUAACGUCCUGGGUCUGCAUUAUUUCUUCAGAGAAAUAUCCACAGGUCGCUGAAAAUGCGGAUAUUGUGUCCUUUGCCUGUAAUUCCUAAUCUCAUACAUUUGAUCUGUUUCUUCAUUCUCCCUCAGUUAACCGGCGGCUAGAUGAGUGGGUAGACAAGAACCGCUUGGCUCUGACCAAGACUGUGAAGGAUGCUGUCCAGAAGAAUACGGAUCAGUACCUGAGUGAGAUCUCUGAGCAACCAGAGCGCAAAAUCACCCGGAACCAGAAGCGCAAACACGAUGAGAUCAAUCACGUUCAGAAGGUAAUAUCUUCCCACUGGCACCUGAAAAUGUAUGUGCAUAUUCAGUCUUAUAUACUGCCUACCCUAUGAUUUUUCCAAAAGAGGUGAAUUUCUCUUCCUGAUGCAUGCUAAUUCUCAUUCCCUCCCUAAUUUUUUAGACAUAUGCAGAGAUGGACCCCACAACGGCAGCCCUGGAGAAAGAGCAUGAGGCUGUGAGUACACCAUACUGACUUAUCUCCAACUCUUUCUGUAAUAUUUAUCACAGCUUAUUUCUGGAACCCGUGUUUUAUUUGCCGAUAUCCUUGUUCUUGCUUAAACCCCAGAUUACAAAGGUCAAAUAUGUGGACAAAAUUCACAUUGGGAACUAUGAGAUUGAUGCAUGGUACUUCUCCCCAUUCCCAGAGGAUUAUGGGAAACAGCCUAAACUUUGGGUGUGCGAGUACUGUCUGAAGUACAUGAAGUUUGAGAAGAGUUAUCGCUAUCACUUGGUGAGUUCUGAUCACAUUGCUUGUUGUGUCCAACAGCCUCUAGGGAGUGGACUGUUGGGCCCUUUUUUUGUAGCUGAGCCAUGUGUAGUGGUUUUCUUUCUAAUUUUCCUCUGUUCUUUGUGCAGGGACUUUGUCAGUGGCGACAGCCUCCAGGAAAGGAAAUCUACAGAAAGAGUAAUAUCUCCGUAUACGAAGUGGAUGGAAAAGACCAUAAAAUCUAUUGUCAGAAUCUCUGUCUCUUGGCCAAGCUGUUCCUAGAUCAUAAAACACUGUAUUUUGAUGUGGAACCUUUUGUAUUUUACAUCCUGACAGAGGUUGAUCGGCAAGGAGCUCAUAUUGUAGGAUAUUUCUCCAAGGUGCGUAGAUUUUAAAGUCAGAGUGAAGAAGGUCCAGGUUUAUUUUUUGUACCAGGUGCAGGCUCUGUACGUGUAGAUUGUUGCAAACCUUCUUGACAUUUCUGUGUUGAGUUUGCUGGUUGCCUUGAACAAUAUUUGUAUUUCUCUUCCUUGUUGUAGGAGAAGGAAUCUCCAGAUGGAAACAACGUGGCUUGCAUCCUUACUCUUCCUCCAUACCAGCGACGUGGCUAUGGCAAGUUCCUCAUAGCUUUCAGUAAGUGAGGCUACCCACCCCUUUAACCCCAAUCACCUGUGGUGCCCACACAAGGCUUACUAAGUAUUACACCAUCUCCUGCAUGCAGGUUACGAACUCUCCAAGCUCGAGAAUACUGUGGGCUCCCCAGAGAAACCUCUUUCUGACUUGGGCAAGUUGAGCUACCGCAGCUACUGGUCUUGGGUACUGCUGGAAAUAUUGAGAGACUUCCGAGGCACGCUUUCCAUCAAAGACCUUAGGUGAGUGAUGAUGGGGUUAGCUCACUUGUCUUGUAUUUUUAGUAGUUUCUGCGCAACUUCUGAAUCUGUUUCUUGGUUUCCUUCUCAGCCAGAUGACCAGUAUCACUCAGAAUGACAUCAUUGGCACGCUGCAGUCUCUCAACAUGGUGAAGUAUUGGAAAGGACAACAUGUGAUCUGUGUAACCCCCAAACUGGUGGAGGAACAUCUAAAGAGUGCACAGUACAAGAAGCCCCCUAUCACCGGUGAGAGUGUAGAUUAAGGGCAGUUAUUUCAGAAAAUUGGGCAAAGCUUGCAUUCUUACAAGUGUGUAUUACUGGAGGUUCAUGCAUACUGUUCCUAACUCUUUUUACAGGUGUAGGAAUAUCUAGAAAGGUUAAAGUAAGCUUGUUUUCUAUGCAUAAAGGCCCAACCUGCAGAGCGGGAGAAAUGAAGGCUAGUUAUUGUAACUGGGUAGUUUUAAAUUAGAUAUAGAGAAAGCUGUAAGCAUACUGACAGUACAUAAAUUCUCUGUUCCGCUGAAAGGUUAUUACAAACUCAAACAGUAAAGUACACGCCAGGAGAGUUCAGAGUGCAAGGUCUUUUUCUUUUAAGACUACGGUAACUUAACCAAGCCAAUUUCCCUUUCUUUCUUUUUCUUCCACAGUGGAUUCUCUGAACCUGAAAUGGGCUCCCCCUAAACACAAACUGUUAAAAGUAUCCAAGAAAUGAAUACACAGUGGUUUUGAGUUAGCCCACUAGAGGCUGAAGAGUGAAUGGUGUCAGCUGAUAGUCUUCCGGAUAUCAAACACAGAAGUUAUGAGUUGGGUGGGUAGUGCAGUGGCCAUACUAUAAGGCUCGUCUACCUCGGCAGCAGUCCAGUGUCACACUGUGUUAGAGAAUGCUAUGUUUUAACUCCUUUCGCACUGUAUCCUAUUGUUGUAGCUCACACCUCCCAGCAUGGGGCGAUAUGUUUCUGCAUAAGCUCAGGUCCUGCACUGGUCAAUCUGGUAUUGGAAGGACACAGUUUGAACACUUAGGUUAAUAAACCUUUUAUUAGUGUUUACAAGGUG